ACGAGCAAGUAUUGUCAGUAGUCAGUACAAAAGAGACUGCUUCGCAGCUGUCUGCUACCUUCCUCGUCCUUUGUGUUACAAAAGUUCAGUUUCUUGACCAUGGAUCUUUCAAAUUUUUGGAAAAAUCUUCUCUUUCUUGGACUUUUGAUUCAAUUUUCCAACGGGGGUUUAAUUGGGACAAAUUCAUUAAGAAAUCCCAACGAUUUUGACUUGCUAGUUUUUACUCAGCACUGGCCAAAAACUGUUUGUUUCGAAUGGAGAGAAAAAUCAGAUAAAAACAAGUGCACUAUACCAAAUGACGAAGAAUGGACAAUCCAUGGAAUUUGGCCGACUCAAUUCCACAAAAUUGCUCCAUUGUUUUGCAAUAAGACUUUACAUUUCGACCUAGCGGCUCUCGCAAGUAUUGAAGACAUUUUAGAAGUUAAGUGGGUUGAUAUCGAGCAUGGACUGAAGCCCGCUUCCUUCUGGAAACAUGAAUGGGAAAAACAUGGAACUUGCGCUUCUGUGCUUGAAUGUAUGAGCACGGAAAAAAAAUAUUUCCAAAAGGGUAUCGACCUUCUUGAUGAAUAUGAUAUGAAAAAUGUUCUGGGGAAGGCAAGUAUUUAUCCUGGAAAUCAGUAUCCAGUAGAGCAAAUUCUAGAUGGAAUUAAAAAAAUUUUGGACGUUAACGCUCAAGUCAUGUGCGUCAAACAUCCGAAAACUCACGUGUCCUACAUAUUCGAGAUAAGAAUAUGCUUUGACAAGACACUUAAAUUAGUAGACUGUGACGGAAUCGUAGGCUUCCCCACCGAUUGCAGUCAUUCCGAAGACGUUAUUUAUCCAGGAACAGUACCACAAGAAUUCAGCGUCGUCCAAAUACAAUAAUUUUUCUUUUAGCUAAUUGCCAAUUACCUAUGUUAAUUAAACUAAAAUAAAAAAUACUCUGUUAAUCUCACAUCGCUAUCAAAUGAAAAAAUCAUCGGAAAUUAUCAGGAUUAUUUCAAAACAAUUGUAAAUAUUUCACAAAACUAGAAAAUAAAAAUGUAGCCUAAAUUUUUCUUUUUAGGAAAUAUUGAAUCAGCAAUAUUUAUUUAUAAGUAGACUUUCUAAAUUUGAAGCACGUGGGAAAAAACGGGAAUUGAAGACUCGAAUUAGAUAGGAAGAAAUUACCGAAGAUGUAUUUUCAUCGCGCUAGAUACAAUUUGUGAAUCAGUAUUCAAUAUCUCUAUGAGAAACAGGCAGAAAGAUAAUAAAAUUUUUUUACAAUCACCGAUAAACGAAA